UCGCAAUUAACGGGAUUAAGAAAAAAUAACCAUUUGAAAAUUUUUGUUGGUAGUUUUCAUUUCGAAGUGAAAACAAUGUCUUCAACUAUUUUUCCUUUUCUCAGAACUUCUUCUGAUUUCAGUCCUUUUCAUUAUGUUGAAGAUGACUAUUCAAAUGAAAAAGACUACGAAUUAUCGUCUGAAGUGCUUAGGUUCCAAGAGGACCAAUUACAACUAAGGUCAUUUGCUCAAUUAUUAUACGUGCUUCUGUGCGUUUCUGUGAUUGGUGUGAAUUUAUAUUGCAUGGCUUGCUUCAAAUUCGUCGACAAAUUGAGAGAACUGGACUUCUAUUUGCUGUUUCUUCAAGCUUUGAUUGAUUUGAUUUCAACCGCAAGCUCAUCUGUAGUUAUAUUUAUUAACUACACGUGGUGGUAUAAUGAAGUUUGUCUGUAUGACAACCUUUACGACGAAAACAAGAUUUGGAACUUGAUCUUCUUAUCAUGUGAUGACUUUGUGCUGAACUUGGCCCAUGACCUAUAUAACAAAUAUAGUGCAGUUCUUUAUGCCCUAACCACGCUAGGCGAGGUGUCCGUAGUUGCUAAUGGUCUGAUUGUUCUGAUAAUGUCUUAUGAAAGGUAUAUCAUUAUCUGCCGCCCUGAGAAAAAACAAGCCUUGGAUUCCUGGAAGCCCAAAAUGUAUCUAAUUUU